UUCACGAAAAUAUAUUUCAUUGUGAAACAAAGCUCGCCAUUAGCACAUCAUAUAACUUCUACCAGUCUUCUUGUAGAGAGGGAGAGAGAGAAAGCCAAACCCCAGAGACACAAAGCCUAGCUUUAAUCAGAAGCCACGACAUUCUGCUGGCAAAUCAAAAACUAACCUCAAAAAGAAAAAAGGGGCAAGCAGCUAAUUACAUCCUUUCAGUUUCUAUGAACAAUUUUACCUUUCAAUAGAAAUCACUUCAAAUCAGAAUAUCCCAUUGACAAAUUGUCAUUAUUCUUAAAUAUUUGCUUUUCUUGGCCUAUUCUUUCCAGCGACAUGGCGAUACGUGAUUGGGUCGCAAUAUGUUAUGAAAUAUUCACGAGUGUAGGGAUGGAUAGUUUGUAAAGGAUUGGUAGAAUAUGCUCACGGCUGUGUUUGGCUUUGCUUAUAAAUUAGUUCCAUUCAACGGAUUAGGCUUAGGUAAGCGCAUAUUGGUAAACUCUGUCCUAAAACUCUAAAAUUUAAAACAAGCAACGGUCGACUCAUUCGUUUUGAAAUUAUACAUACGCGCAUAUUUCUCUCUCUCUGUCUCUGUCUCUCUCUCUUUCUCUCUUCUCGGGCUUCAGCUUCAAAGUUUAGUCCCUAAUCUAGUAAAAUCGCUCAGUUCCAAAGACUCACUUUUUUGUCUGGAAAAUUCCCAGAUACACCGUAAUCAAAAGCUUCUUCCUUUGUUGCCCAGGAUCUAAGUGUCGUGGUGUUCUGGGACUGGAGCGGAGGAGCUAGCGCUGGAUUCAUAUUGGGAACCUUAAUGAUGGCUAAUCCAAACUCAUCAACAUCGAUAGUCUCUUCAGAAUCCUCUGAAGAAAAGGCCACACAUAUAGCGGAUUUAAACAUGAAUAUGUCUGAACUUUCUCUAAGCCAUCAAAGUCUAAUCACCUCAUAUGGUCCUGUCUCUAUCCUUUGGGACAUUGAGAAUUGUUGUCUUCCUAGAAGACUCUCCUCUGAAGCCGUAGCAGUUAAUAUUAAGAGGGCAGCUUUGCGGACUAACCCUCAAAUUAAAAAAGUUAUAACGUUUUCUGCCUAUGGGAAUUUUAGUGAAUUACCCCAGCGACACACAAAGGGCCUUCAGAAAAGUGGUGUCACACUCAUAGAUGUUCCAAAUGUGGGAAAGGAUGCUGCUGACAGAGCUAUUUUGGUCGACAUGUUUCUUUUUGCCCUUGACAACCCUCCACCUUCUUCGAUCAUGUUGAUCUCUGGGGAUGUAGAUUUUUCUGCGGCUCUUCACAUACUUGAUCAACGUGGAUAUAAUAUAAUCCUUGUUACACCAGAAGGUGCUUCAGCUGCCCUCACUAAUGCUGCUAAGUUUGUUUGGGACUGGCCUAGUGUGGCUUGUGGGCGAGGCCUCGUUAGCCCCACCAAGGUUGGAGGAGCAGCCGACGUUGCAGGUUUGAAUGAUAAGGAUGCACUUUCAUUUAGGGAGAGGGGGAUGUCACAAAUCUUUUUGAACCCGAGGGUCGAUACUGUUUCUUCUGAUGAUCAGAUGGAAUCUACUAUGCGGGUACAACCGGGAGACCUAAAUGGUCUAAAGGGGCAGUUAGUAAAAAUGCUGGAAGGCUCAGAAGGACGCCUGUCCCUGAAACAAGUUAAGUCUGAGUACCAGAAGCGUUUCGAGCGGUCUCUUAAUGUAGAAGAGUAUGGUGUAUUCACGCUCAGAAAUCUUUUCACGAAGAUGGGUGACGUAAUGGAGCUAGUGGGGAAGGACGAGCUGUCUGUCUGUCUUAAAAGUUCAAGGGCAGGCCAUAAUGCACUGCAGGGGAGAAUGAAGGAUAAAGGAAAGGGGAUCCUGGGAAGCUCAACUCUGUAAUAGAGUACUUGAUUCGAGUUUUACAAGAAGGAAGAUAGCGCAGAUAGUUAUAAGCUCAAUUUUGUAAUAGACUUGAUUUUUGAUUUCUAAUACGGAAGAUAGAGCAGAUAGUCAUAUAAACUCGACUCUGUAAUAGACUUGAUUUCUUACUUCUAUAAUA